CCUCGGAAUCCCUUUCCAUUGCAAGGCAGGCGUUCUGCCUGGGUCCUUGGUCCUCGUCGAAGCUGCUGGGCUCCCAGAGGACGUGAGUCCACGCGGACUGCCAGACGAUGGCGCCCUUGGGGCUCGUGUGCGAGAUUCGGGGACGUUCUGGGGUCCGGGCGGCAGGGAACCGCUCGCGGGUGCAAAGACUUCGACGUGCAGAUCUUCUCGCAGCGCCGCGCUUUGGAGUUGCCUUUUUGUCACUUUUUGUUGGCCGCUUGCAGGUGGAUCCAAUUCGUGCUACUGGGGACUUUUUGGCUGGGCACCUGUGCGGAUUGGUGUCAACUCGGCCUUUGAGCAGUGUUUCAGGCUUUGUUUUGACAUCGAGGCAUACUGCCCCCUGAUCUUUGGCCUAGCGAGGCCCGUGUAUCUUUGGAAAUCGUGACCUCGUUGAGCCAGGCACUCCGAACUUUUGAGCUUGCGCCUCGAGCUCCACGUUCCGUGCCAUGAAACAACGUCCUUCCAUCAAGACGUCGCGGACGAGCGCACUCUGGGGCCUUGGCGAGGAUGUGGGUGAGCCAGUCUGACGGAUGGACGCUGCGAAGCCUUGCAAGGCUUGGCCCGACCGACCUUCAGGCCGCGAGUGAAAAGGAGGAGGAGCAUCCAAACCCGUGCGUUGGUGUUGCCAAAGAAGCCAGUCAAUCUUGUGUUUGCUCUGGAAACUUGGCUCGAGGGUACUCAUCAACACUGACACAACAACAGCUCGCAAGGUUGCCCGAUGGGUCUAGCGCCAGUGCUUGAGGAAUCGCAGGCCGCUCAAGCGCUUUUCGAAUAGCCAUGGCGAUGAUGCGGACCAGGACCAAAAGCCGAGGUAUGUGCCUCUGCCUUCUCGGGAUUGCAUUGGCGCUGCUCGUGCAGCCGAGCACGGACUUUGCUCGAGGAGUUCCUGGGCUGAAGGAGCAUGCAAAACGGCACCCGUUGCAUGCCGGAGUCGCUCGGCGCGCCGGGGCUGCGCAAGAGGACAACAGUGGCCAGGACCGGCUCGAUCUCGAGGAGGUGGUCGCAGAAGCCAAACGGGUUGUGGACAACGGCACGCUGAAAGACAUGCAAGUGGUCAUGCGAAGAGUGCAGCUGGUAGAUCCAGCAGGGAAGUGGAAGGUUUGGGUUAAUGAGCCCGAAUUGGAGAAGCAGCUACGGAAGUUUGUGGCAGAGGCCAAAGCAGCCAAAACGGCAUUGGAGGAGGACCUGCUCCUGGCGCGACAGCAGCGGAAGACGGGCCAGCGGCAGGUUGAGAGCGCCCAGCGGCAGGUUGAAAGCGCUCAGCGGCAGGUUGAGAGCGCCCAGCGGCAGGUUGAGAGCGCCCAGCGGCAGGUUGAGAGCGCCCAGCGGCAGGUUGAGAGCGCCCAGGAGCAGGAAGCGAUGGCGGUGAGGCGUCUCGCUCGAGCUGCCACCGUCUUGGAGACGGCGGAGGACUCGGGCAAUGCGACAAAGGUGCAGGAGGCCAAGGAGGAGGUGGAGAAGGCGGAGAGGAAGGUGGAGAGGGCGGAGAGGAAGGUGGAGAGGGCGAAGAAGGAGGUCCAGGAGGCGAAGAAGGAGGUGGAGAAGGCGAAGAAGGAGGUCAAGGAGGCGAAGGCAAGCGGCCGGACGAAGGAGUCCGAGGCGUCCGCCUCGAGUAGCCUCAAGUGGGUCGUGGACGCCAAGGACACGGCAUUUGCCAACGAGCUGCGCAUGGCUCAGCCGCUGACGGCUCUGGACUGCGCUGAUGAGAAUUUCACCGACGUAGAGUCCGCAGAAGAUGCCGGUAUCGAGAUCUUCCCGUUGAACGCCAGCUUGGAUCCGAAAGAAGCCAAGCCAUGGCUCUUCGUUCGAAAGCAGCAACGAGAGGUCUGGCAGGCGGCCUUCAAUGCGUCGCAGGAUGUGGUGGUGACCGGCUCGCCCGGCAUCGGCAAAUCCUUCUCCAUGUCCUUCUUGUUCCGCGACCUCAUGAAAGCAAAGAAGACCUUUGUCUUCGAAGCACGCAGGUGGAACAUGGUGUACUUGUUCAAGCCGCGCACCGACGGCACCUACGAGGUCGGCAGCAUGCAACUGGAAGACUGGAAACCGGCAGCGUGUGACGAGCUGAGAGUCCCUGCGAACUACUAUGUCAUCGACCCCGGCGAGGCUGAAAAGGGAGGCGUCUGCUUCGUAGCGGCCAAGACUGUCAUUUGCCCGUCACCGGAUCCGCAGCACCUUGGAGAGUUCAAGAAGCUCCCCAAAUGCAAACUGUACAUGGCAGCUUGCUCCUUGCAGGAGGCCCAGUGCAUAGUCAAGUACCUCCGCCCCAACUUCGACCAGAACCAGGUGGAAGAGCUCUACAGGCGAUUUGGUGGUAUUCUUCGACACCUGAUUGGCGACCCUAAGGAGGUGGAGAUGGCUCGCAAUGCAACCCUGUCGAACCAGAACUUGGUCAGGCAAGUUUGGACAUCGGGCAUCAUUGAUCAGGGACGUGAUUUGAAGCCUGCGCACUGGCUCUUCCAGAUAGUGCCGGAAAACGGUUGCACCAGCAGCAGGGUUGAGUUUGUUAGCGAAGAGGCACUCGACCUCACCAUUCACGAGUAUGAGGCGGAGCUGGCUGACCUUUUGACAUCGUUUGAUCCGCUUGCAAAGCCCGUCCUCGGAGUUCUCUACGAACGCUUCGCCCACCAAGUGCUCUGCCGGGGGACGUUGCUGCUGACGCGGCUGGCCAACGUCACCGUUCCCAUGUUCGAGAUGCAGCUUCCACCACUCGAUGAAGAGGUGGUGGACGGCAGCAUCGCCGAUCUUUUCACAGCUGCCACCACUGGGCAGCUACGAUACAUGCGGCCCAGAGAUGUGGGCCUGCCGGUCAUUGAUUCAUGCCUGGCUCCUGUUGAGGACGGCGUGAUGACAUGCUUCCAGAUCACCGUCAGCGCAAAACACUCCCUGGAUCUUGUCGCCUUGGAGAAUGCUGCACGGGGUCUUGACAUCGCCAAGAUUGUUAUUUACUGGGUCGUUCCCAGAGACAGCUUUCGAGAGUUCAACCGCAAGCAGACGUUCGGGCCUCAACUUGUAUUCGAGCAGCGCGUCCUUUCGCUCGCUGCUCCCCGCAAUCCCUUUACCGAGCAGGAGAUGCAAGAACGGUUGCAGAAGGCUGAGCUCUCUAAGCUUACCACAGGAGACGAGCAGCUCCUCAAGCAAGAGAUUGAUGACCUGAAGCUCCGGUACUUGGUUAUGAAAUCUUUCGAAGAACAAGAUGUCAAGGACAUAAUGAAUAAGGUGUUAAAAGAAGGGAAAAGAGCGAAAAACCAGGAUCCCGUGGCUCUGCGCGCAGCACGAGCUUGGGAUAAGAUUGUUGCCUGUAUGGCUUGGACAAAAAAGAGAGGCGAGUGCAAGGGCACAGUUGGCCGGUGGAUUUGCUUUCCACUGCUUUAG